CGCUAUUUUAGUGGGCAAUCAUAAUGAACACUACAAAGCAAUACAUAGAGUCAUAGACUCAACACUGGUUUGCAUCGAAAGUGUAUAGAAAUGAGUGAAACGUAUGAAUAGAGUGUCUGUUAGGGAGAGACGAGUGAAACGUUUUUCACACAAUUUGUCAUUCAUUUGACUUAACGUACGAUUAAUUGUCAUAAUUGUGUGAUUUGUGUACAAAUAGUUGACAUUAUUAUCAGAUACAAGCAUUUCAUUGGCAAUUAUGUCCACAAAUAGUGAUAACAAUUGUGCCGCAGAUUCAGUGGUCAAUAGCAGUGAUGAGAGCAAUGACUACAUCAACAACAACAACAACUGCACCGAUGAGUCGCUCACCACUGAUGACAAUACCAAGACUCACAGCCAACUCAUGACCACCACUGGUCCCGAUGGUGGUCUCGCAGAUGGUGACCAAGUGAUGACCACCACACCCACCACCACCAAUGACGGCAACAACAACACCGAUAACACGGAUCUGCUGUCGACCACAUCGAUGGCCAGCUCUUCAGACCUGGACCGACAGAUAGAACAGCUGCGGAGGUGUGAGAUAAUCAAGGAGUCGGAGGUGAAGAGUCUUUGUGCCAAAGCCCGAGAAAUUCUGGUCGAGGAGUCCAACGUUCAGAGAGUGGACGCACCCGUCACUGUGUGCGGUGACAUCCACGGCCAGUUCUACGACCUGAAGGAGUUGUUCAAAGUGGGCGGUGAUGUCCCGGACACUAACUACCUGUUUAUGGGAGACUUUGUCGACCGGGGCUUCUAUUCUUUCUACGACCUGAAGGAGUUGUUCAAAGUGGGCGGUGAUGUCCCGGACACUAACUACCUGUUUAUGGGAGACUUUGUCGACCGGGGCUUCUAUUCUGUCGAAACAUUUCUACUAUUAUUAGCGCUUAAGGUUCGAUACCCGGAUAGGAUUACUUUAAUUCGAGGCAAUCAUGAGUCGAGACAAAUAACACAAGUCUAUGGCUUUUAUGACGAAUGUCUGCGAAAGUAUGGAUCCAUAACUGUGUGGAGAUAUUGCACUGAAAUUUUUGAUUAUCUCUCGCUCUCUGCCAUUAUUGACGGAAAGAUAUUCUGUGUUCACGGAGGUCUCAGCCCUUCCAUCCAGACAUUGGAUCAAAUUCGUGUGAUUGACAGGAAGCAGGAGGUGCCACACGACGGCCCCAUGUGUGACCUGUUGUGGUCUGACCCGGAGGACACCCAGGGCUGGGGUGUGUCACCCAGAGGUGCGGGCUAUUUGUUUGGGUCGGAUGUGGUCGCACAGUUCAACGCAACCAAUCAUUUAGAUAUGAUAUGUAGAGCUCAUCAACUCGUUAUGGAAGGCUUUAAAUGGCAUUUCAAUGAAACCGUACUAACAGUGUGGUCGGCGCCCAACUACUGCUACCGGUGCGGUAAUGUGGCCGCCAUUCUCGAGUUGGAUGAGAACCUGCACCGGGAUUUCACCAUUUUUGAAGCCGCACCUCAGGAGAGUCGAGGCGUACCCUCCAAGAAACCACAACCCGAUUACUUCCUUUGAGAACCAUUUACACCAUAAGACAUACCAUUUUAUACUCAAUUCAAACAAAUACACACUUUUUAGACACUAUUGGUUUACAAAACAUUCAUUUUUUGAAUAUACCAUACAGUCAAUUGAUUUAACAAUUACCUUAUAAUAGUUUCAUUACAAAUGUUU